AUGAAUCCAGACUACAUUCUUCAUCGGUCAAACAUGGAGUCGCCGGAUUUUGAGGAUACAACCUUUUACACAGAACUCACAAGACAAAUACUGUUGAUUAUGGAUGAAGAUGACGACACAUAUACAAGAAGAAGCAGAAAUGGAGUUUCACAGUUUCAAAGGACACCGGUAAGUGGUGGCUCCGGGAAGUAUUUUAACUGGUUGGAGGGUCAAGGUGGUAGAAGCUUGGAGGUCCCUGGUUGGAUGGAGAGCUUGUGGGCCAAUAAUGGGGCUGGCACCGGUGUUUUCAUACCCCGGGUGGCGGCCGCCGGAAAAGUAAGGAGAAGAAGACACCAUAAAUCAAAAAAGAACAAAGAAGGAGGAAGAAUACAUUCAUUAGAAGGACAAAAGAUUCAUGUGUGA